UCUGUUUUGUUGGGGUACAACAGCUCCUCAACUAGGAUCUACAAACCAGCUCUUGAAGGAAAUGGGUUCUAAAAAGCAAAUGGGCUACAAGUGUCGCAUAGCAGGAGUGCUGCUUCUACUUUUGGCCAGCAUUGCUGCCCUUGUUGCUGUUGCUGUCAUCCAGGACACGUGGAAGUUCAAAGAGUACAGCUUAGAGUAUGGCAUAGUGAUAGACUCCGGCUCAUCACGUUCCAAUGUGCACCUGUACGAGUGGCCGGGGGAGAAGCAGAAUGAAACAGGAGUUGUGACCGAGAUAAUCAACUGUCGCGUUUCUGGUGCUGGUAUCUCGGAGAUGAAAGUUGACCCACAGAAAGAUGAAGCCUCGUGGAAUGGAUUCCGUGAAUGCAUGCGCAACGUCACAAAAGCCAUUCCUGUUGAAAAACACAAAACCACACUUCUCUUUCUGGGAGCGACUGCUGGAAUGAGACUGCUGCAUGAGAAGGAUGAACAGAAGUCCGAUGAAAUCCUGGGAAGUCUCAGAGAAUACCUGAACACGUUGCCUUUCAACUUCCAAAAAGCUUCCAUCCUUUCUGGUCAAGAAGAAGGUCUGUACGGGUGGGUCACGGUCAACUACCUCAUGGGAAACCUCCUAACGAAAAACCUUUGGAACCUCUACGCAAACCCCGAAGGUGAAAAGACGAUAGGGUCCAUGGACCUCGGUGGAGCGUCUACACAGAUUGCCUUCGCAGUCCAGGAGGAUUUAAGGGGACCUGACUACUUGCAUGUCAAACUGUACGGUUACCCUUACAAUGUCUACACACACAGUUUCCUCUGCUAUGGCAAAAAUGAGGCUGGGAAGAGGAUUCUGGACAAAAUAGUGAAGGAAUCAUCCGACCCAUCCUACAUUAUUAACCCCUGCUACCCUGAAGGUUACAACGUCACCAUGAUGGCCUCAGAAAUUUAUGACACAGAGUGCACAAAGAAGCCAAAGGACUACAACCCAGAUCGAGAACUCUUCAUGGUGGGAACCUCCAACUCAGACAAGUGUGGCAGCUUAGUGAAGUCCAUCUUUGAUUUCAAAACGUGUUCCUCACCCCAGUGUUCCUUCGAUGGGGUCGAGCAGCCACCCGUCGUUGGAGAUUUUAUGGCAUAUUCAGGGUUCUUCUACACUGCGAGGGGGCUCGGGAAUGAGGGAGCAACAGAUCUCAUUACGUUCAACAACUCAGUUAGGAAAUUCUGCCAGUCCCAUUGGACAGUGCUGAGGGCAUCUGAGGAAAGGAAAAUGAUCUCUGAUCACUACCUUAAGACUUACUGUUAUUCAGGUCACUACGUCUUCGCAAUGCUGGCGGAUGGAUACAAGUUUGACAAGGAGACCUGGAAAAACAUUAACUUCCAAAGAGAGGUGAAGAAAACCAGCAUAGUUUGGAGUUUGGGCUACAUGCUGAGUAUGUCCAACAUGAUCCCGUCUGAAGUGAAAGAAAUCCCGCCCCUGACCAACCCUGUCUUUGUCGGCCUCAUUUUUCUAUUUUCAGCUCUAAUAAUCAUAACUGUUGUCUUUGUUUUCGUGUUCCUCAUUCGCGCUUGCUACUGAGAGUUUCAGUCACUAAGGAAUUGUUCUGCCAUUGUAAACCUCGGGGCUGCUGUCAACCUGCAAGUAGUGGGAGCGGGCUACAGCAGCAUUUGCCUAGGCACUGUAUUUUUUCAGCCCGAGCCAUUUACUGCCUUCAAUUUCAAUAAUGAGAGUUCACGAAAACCGAAGGAAAAGCCUCAAAAUGAAAACCUCUCGCUGUGUAUCCUUCUCCUGACUUUGAGUCUUUGAGCUCGCUUCACUUGUGUGACUGGUUUUAUUGAGCCAUUAUAAAAAACCUAAAACAUGAAUGAUGCACAGAUAAUAUAAUGGAACCCAGAUAUGUCCACUAGUCGCAGAUUGUGCAAUCUUAAAAUGCCGCUGCAUUUACGAUUGUGUGAUUACAGACAUGGACCCUCAGGCAAACCAUGAGCUAUUCACUCACUGAUUGAUUCUGUAUUAUACAUGUAAUUGCACUUAAUGGGUUUCUCUUUACAUACAGUAGGAUGGCCCUUUGCCAUGGCCCCUUUUGCUCGAAAUAACAUACCCAAACUAAAAAAGGUGUAUCUCAGCAACCACAAAGGCUAUUUGAAUAAUGUUGGUGUU